AAUGGUCUCUUGAUUACACCCACGUGGCUGACCUCAUAUCAAAGCUGUGCAGGCGAUGUGGGCCUCCGGCUUUACAGGAGCGAACGACGCCACGCACGCCGAGGCGUGGACGCGCCGGAGCCCUCGAAGGUUCGCCGCCUCGCGGACGCCCAGGACGGCGAGUCCAUCGGAGGUCUGUUUGACCUCGCCGACGAGAUCUACAACGGCGGGGAGAAGGGCAAGGUGAUGCUGGCAAAGAGGAAGGACGACGGCGCCGAGAUUGUGAUCAAGGUCAGGGUGAAGCAGCCGAACAAGGGCACGGACCGGAACUGGAGGGCCAUCAUGGCCCAGGUUCACAGGCUCGGUGGGACGCGCCACGUGCUGGGCAUCUCGGAGAUCAUCGAGGAGGGCAGCCGGGGGGGGGCCUGGGAGCGGGCCGGCCACGGCGCGGCCCUCUGGCGACCCGAGGUGGUCCCCGUCGUCCUCGUCACCCUCGCCGUCCUGUGCGCCGUCCUCUCUCACGAGCCCCCCAUCGACCUCACCACUGCAUGCGGCGCGAACGGGAUCUUGGGCGCUCCAGGCGGCUUCUUUGUGACUUGCAUAGCCAUUCGGGCGUUCCCUCGCUUGGGCGUGCAAGACUGA